AUGUCUCUUCAAGUAACUCAACUGUCUAUAGUUGACUUAGAUGAAAAUGAUCCCUAUUAUGAUUUAUAUAAUGAUAUUUUUUUAGAUUACCAAACUCAUAUAAAUGUUAAUGCUAAUCAUCCAGCUUUUCCACAUUUAUUACUCACUGAACAUCCUAAUAAAGAAGGCUAUAUUACUGUAUGUACUUCAUAUAUAUCUAUUGCUAAACAUUACGAUACUCUAACACUUGAUCCAAUACCAGAUACUUUAACAAUUGUUCUGAGUGCAUUUGGUCUUUCAAGAAAUGUUUGUAUCUUGCAAAUUAAUACUGAAUCAUUAGGUGCUAUCUUAGAUCCUUUAUCUAAUAAUAACUAG